GGAGCGCUGUGUCUUUAAGGGGCACGCGCGGAGGUUUUCCGUCCGGGACAAAAUGUCAGCGAGGCGCCUGGAGGGGGAUCUACCAUCCCGGACUCCCGACCCGCCGCAGGCUCCGGCCGCGUUUCGCGGGUAAAGGGCACUGCUGAUGGUUCUUCAGAACUCAGGAAUCGUGUUGCAUGCAUUGUUUCUACCCGUGGAACCUGAGAUGGUUGGAAACCCUGAGGCAAUGACAGGGACCCCAGAAUCCUUGGGAAAUGACCCACUGUCUAAUUUAAAGCGUGCGGGCGCCGAAGAAUGAGGAGUGGCGAGUCGGCCUGCACCAUGGACGAGGCCCGCGGGCUGGACGACGCGGCGGCGCGGGGCGGUCAGUGUCCGGGACUGGGGCCGGCGCAGACGCCUCCCGGCCGCCUGGGGGCGCCGUACUCCGAAGCCUGGGGCUACUUUCACCUGGCCCCGGGGCGCCCCGGGCAUCCGUCGGGCCACUGGGCCACCUGCCGUCUGUGCGGGGAGCAGGUGGGCCGCGGCCCGGGCUUCCAUGCGGGGACCUCGGCGCUGUGGAGGCACCUGAGGAGCGCGCACCGGCGGGAGCUGGAGAGCAGCGGCGCCCGGCGCUCGCCACCUGCUGGGCCCUGCCCGCCGCCGCCCGGCCCCGCUGCGGCCCCCGAGGGCGACUGGGCGCGCCUGCUGGAACAGAUGGGCGCGCUGGCCGUGCGCGGCAGCCGGCGGGAGCGGGAGCUGGAGCGGCGCGAGGCGGCCGUGGAGCAGGGCGAGCGCGCCCUGGAGCGGAGGCGGAGGGCGCUGCAGGAGGAGGAGCGCGCCGCGGCACAGGCGCGCCGGGAGCUGCAGGCCGAGCGGGAGGCGCUGCAGGCGCGGCUGCGGGAGGUGAGCCGCCGUGAGGGCGCCCUGGGCUGGGUCCCCACUUUGCCGCCGCUCAAGGACGACCCCGAGGGUAACAGGGACGGCUGCGUCAUCACAAAGGUCCUCCUGUAGGGGUGUGGCCACUUCCCCACCCCAGACCAGCGGUUCUCCGUCAAAUGCCAAUGCCUUCAGCCCCCGCUGGGACCGAAGCCAGGCCCGCAGCCCCUACUCACUCGGAAGCUCCAGCUAACUGUAGGGUCUUCGACACCCUAAGGCUUCAGCUUGAGAAGCACUUCGAAGCCAGAGCAGAACCAAAAGUCACUUCCAUGGGGUCACCUGGGGUGCCUGGGCGGCCUUUCGUGGGCAUGCAUGCAAAGAAUGGGGUGGCACACGGGACACCCGAGAGCUCCAGGAGCCCCGUGAACCCAGACCACCCAGUGCCAUGGCCACUUAGGGCUGGGAACCCGAACCUGGUGACUUUGAAAGGAUAGAGCUUCAUUCCAUACCAAAGACUUAUCACACCAUGUGCCUAUACACCCAGCAGCCCAAGGUGGAGGGUGCGUGGAAAUGAGGAAGCUUUUUACCCACAAAAAAGAGUUCCUAAUGCAUAAUCCGCCCAACACCAAGUUCUGAAGGGUGGGGCAGGGGGACGACCCUCUAGUUUCCAUGACUGCUGUAGACCCGUAUCAUCGCUAGCCCUCAUCAGGGCAGUCCCAGAGCCCGCUUUUUUACUGCCCAUAUUCAACCAAUACCAGGUGCACUCUGUUUCCCCACGGCCAUCCUUCCCUUGCUUCAGACCUAAUGACAAGUGUGGCACAUAUGUCCACUUUCGGGCCUCACAUCUGCCACCUUAGCAAGACAUCACCUCAUCUCCUUGUCACUAGGAAGGGGGUUUCUUCCCCACAUGUCGUCACAGUCCUCACCUCUGGGCUGAAGGGGAAAGCAUCCCUCCGCUUAAGGCCACAUCUUCCUGUCAUUUUUCCAUCGCAUCCCUCUCCCACGUUUACUGGGUCUUUCCUCCUGUAGUAUUCCCCCUUUCGCUGUCUCAGUCCCUCCCUUUCCCCAAGGCUCUUCCUCAGCAAUGCGCAGUCUCCCUUUCUUACUGAAAAGAAAGACUUAACCCAGAAGGGCCAACAGGUCCUGGCUGCCUAUCCUUCCUCCCCAGUUUUUACUCCACUCUGGGUCAGUUUUCUUUCUUUUAUAUAUAAUAUAAAUAUAUAAUAUUUUUUUAUUAUACUUUAAGUUCUAGGGUGCAUGUCAGUUUUCUGUGCUUCACUGGACUAUUUCCAAGCUGCCACAAUCUCUCAGUGACCAAAUAUGCUCUAUUUGCAGCCUUCAUUUUGCUUAAUCUCUCCCUUGAAAUUGCUCUCUUGGUAGGUGGAUCCUGUUUUUCCUUCAAAUAAUUCCUUUUCCUGUUGCGUACUGGUUCCCAGUUUUUCCAUAGGCCUCUUUUUUUUCUCAUUUUUUUAUAUUGAAAAAUUCCACACAUCCAGAAAAAGUUGAAAGGCUAGCACAAUGAAUACUCAGAUACAUAGUCUCCACUUGGAUUGAAUAGUUGUUAACAUUUUGCCAGAUUUACUAUUCUCUCCACCCCAUGCAUGUGUACAUAUGAUGACAUUUCACCCCGAGUAUUACCACAUAGAGUCCCUAAGAACAAAGACACUGUUCUACAUGAUUACAAUAAGAUUAUCAUGCCUAAAAUAUAAACAGUAACUUCUUUAUAGCCUCUAAUACAGAGCCCUUAAUCAGUAUUCAACAAUUGUCUCCAGAAUGUUUGUCUUUAAAAAAAAAAAAAAACAACGACCAGGUCCCAUCAAGGUUCAUAUAUUCUUUGGUUUCAACUCUAGUCACUUUUAAUCUAGAACAACCCCGACAUAUUUUCCCAGGAUACUUUUUGAAGCAUCCAGGCCCGCUGUCUUAGCAAAUGUCCUCUAUUCUGGAAGUGUCUGAUUGCUUCCUUAGGCCUAUGUCUACACUCCACUCGUGGCUCAUCUCCCUGCAGAGCUGUAAUCUCCUCUGGGCCAGGAACUCCUGAAUAUCUCCAGGCCGAGUGUUCUCCCUGGGCCUGGAGAAAACCUUCAUGCCCAAUCCCUUGCUGCAUGUCUCCACCCAUCCUUGCACAUCCUGCCUCUAUGAGUGGAAGAGGCAAAUCUAUUCAACCCCACAUCCCACCCUUCACCUGAUAACUAACAUUUACUGGGCACUAAUAAUGUAUCAGGCACAUACUACACACUUAACAUGCAUUCAUUAUCUCACUUUACUCUCACAUACCAGCUCCAUGGUAACACUGCGCUAGCUUUACAGCUAAAGAAACUGAGCUAGAAAGGGGUUAAGUAUCCUGUAUAAGAUCACAGCUGGCUGGCAAUAGAGGUGGGAUCCCACUGCAGACAGUCUCCCCCACAGAUGCCAUGCUCCCACUGUACCACCAUGUACUGCUUCCUGAGAUCUCUGCUUCCUUCAGUCGACCCAGCUGACACCUGUUUCCUUCCUAACUCCAACUAAUUAAUUCCAGUUAAUGGAAUUGACUGGAAUUAGUGACAUUAAUAUUUACUGAGCAUUCACCAUGUGUCGUCAGAGCUGUGCUAAAUGCUUUACAAGAAUAAUUACCUGCCAUGAAGCAACCCUAUGACAUAGGUGCUACUAUGCCCAUUUUGUAGAUGAGACAGGUUCAGAGGAGUUAGUAACACCUUCAAGUCAUACAGUGGCUAAGAAUCUGUAUGGGGUUUGAACUGCGGUCUCGCUGAAUGCUGGGCACCUGCUCUGCUAAGUCUAUUUCUACAAAAUAUUGCACUGCCUUCCUGAUGCCUGCCAAGCUCAGGGCCCAUUUAUCAUGCAUCUUCCCAUCCUUGUCUCCCCCAACUGUCCCUUACCUGAGUCACAAUUUCGCCAAAGCCAAAGGGAUUGUCCUAAGCCAAUAUUGAUUAUAUCACUCUUCCUGCUCAAAAGCCCCCAAGAUCACCUAUCAGUCACCUACUUAUUAGAGUGCAAGCUUUGACUCUGUCACCUGACAUUCAAGUCCCCCUCUGCCCCCGUGCCAGUCUUAUCCCCUCCCCUACAUAUGCCCUAUGCUGCAGCCAAAUUGGACUCUGUUCUUCCUGACAAGACCUGGUAUUGGCAUCUCUAUGCCUCAGUUUGCCUUCCCUCCACUUUAAAAAGCCUCUUCAGUCUCGGUACAAAAAACAUCCCACCCAUGUUCUAAAACCAUGCUUUCCUUGAUUUCUCCUCACAUCAAGACAUUUCUUACUGCUCUAGUCUCCUAGCAUUUUGUGUCUCACAACCCUCAGGACAGGCCAGCUAGUGUAUGGCUAUGGGUUUUUAUCUCACCUCCCCUGCCUGACCCUGAGCGCUUGGGGGGAGUAUACUCACCCUACUCCCACAGUGCCUUGCAUUCCGUAGCUGCUCAGUACAUUAACCCAUUCAAUGUCUUUAAGAUUUUUACAAGUUAGUUUUCCUGUAAUUACUAAUCAUUUAUCUCUAAUUCUGAGUAAAAUUCACAACAACAAAUAAAAGGAAAUAGCAGUAAUAAUUUUUUAAGCUGUUUAGUCAAUAAAGAUUUAAUGCGUCAGUUAUUGGACUGUUUGGUUUGAAGCCAAUCAACCAACUAUUCUGAUAUGUAAAUCUACUUUUUUAUUAUACAGGUAACACAAAAUGUAUUGCCUCAAUCGAGGAAGAAGAACAGAAAAAACAAUACCCCAAAAUCCUGUCACCUCUGUAAAACUACUAUUAACAUUUUAAUGUAUUUUCUUUUGUCUUUUGCAAUUUUUAUAUUACUUUAGUAAUAGUAUAAGUUAUUUUCAAGUAUUGGAACUUAACUUCUUCAUAUGGAUUUAUAAAUUGGGCUAGAUGAUCUGAAUUUCCUUUUUAGAAGGAAAAAAAAGACUUCCACAAAUGUUACUCUUCUAUCUCACCAAUUGUAAGAACCAUUAAAACAUAGGAAAAGAUUUAGUCUUAACUACUCCCUCAAAGAUGGCUAGUGCAAGCCUGAAUGUCCUGUUCAGGAGAUGGAGAACAAUUAACCUGAGUGCUGAGUUAAGGGAAGAGGUUUUUACUUUCUGCUUUAUACACUUCUGCAUUGUUGUAAUUUUUUACACAAAGUAUGAAUUACUUUUAUGAUAAAAAAUUUUGUUUGUAGACAAAAUUCCUCUCUUUCAGCAUUCAGCAUCCUUAGUUAAAAUAAAAUCUCCAACGAAAGCAUGGAUAUAAUCCCCAUUUCCAGAAAAUCCUAGAAAGAAAUGCAGCCCUUAUUCAGUCCAACUCCAUCAUUUGAUAGAUUAGGAAAAUAGGUCCCAGAGAGUGACCUGUCCACUGUCAGGAGAUGGUGGCUGUGGUGCAUCAUCUGACUCCAACCUACUUAAUGCAUUUCAGCCUCUUCGGCCUUGAGGGCUCCUGCUGCUCACCUGAAAUCAUUCCCAACCCACAAGAGCAGGUUCCCUGGGAGGAUUCCUGAGAACACCUACACACAAACCUCAGAGAUCUGCCAAGACAUUCUCUUUCCAAUAGAACUAUUUAAUAUUUUUCUAUCAAAUAGUUGCCAAAUGACCUGCUCCAGUCAAAACUCGAUCUGACUUGUGACUACAAAGUAAUCUGAUGAAUCCCAAAAGUAUAUACAAAUCUAUCCAUCUAAGUCAUCUUCUCUUCAAAGUAGAAGAGCUGGAAGACUAUACAGUUAUUCCCAAAAUGCUUCAACAUUUCUGGAACUCCUCUCUUAGAGUGGCCAUGAGUCCCUAGCACAUUCUUUAAAACAUCCUUGAGUUGUCAAAUACUCCUCUUUCCAGGAUAAAUUUGAUUUUUUAAAAGAACUGCCAAUUAUUCAGAGUCUGGUGAAUAUGGUAGAUGAUUAACCAGAUUAACAUUUCUGGUUAGUAAGGUGAGAUUAUAAUAAAACAAUGAUAAUUAUUUUAGUGUGGCUCAUAAAUUGGUCUUGAUAGUGGCAUAUUAAGGUUAAGUAAAGGCAGCAUGGUCACCGUACAGAUUAAAGCCCAUUUUAGUUGGUUUAUGAUGUGAAUGAAUUCAGGUAGCACUGGGAGUCAUUAUAUGUUUAAAUAGUAUUAAAUGUUUCUUUUUAUGAAAAUCUUAAUUAUGACAUUCUCUGAAAUCUGGUUUCACAGUAUUAAAAUGAGGCUUUAAGGAAAAACAUUAAAUGGUAAUGAAAGCUUUAUUCUUUCAGUAUAUAUUCUCAUGGGCUUUUGGUCAAGAUAAGUAAUGACCAGAUGAAUGAGCUGGCAACCUUCUGCCCUCUGAAGUCUACUAGUAAUUGGAAGCUAAGUAAAACGUUGUCACGUGUUUAAAUACAUUUAAUAAUAUUCCACCA